CUAAAGAGAGCUGACGCGAUUGGUUGGCAGUAUAUUUCUGGUCAAUCGGAGAGAAGCUUCUUGAAUCUGGUAGUUGGGAAUUGAUUACAUUCCAUUUGAAAAAAAUGUCGACAAAAAGAGGUAUCGGUAAUGCUGAGUAUUUGAAAAAGCGCGUCCCCCAGAAUCCCAAAUACCAGCAUGUUAAGUCGAGGCUCGACACAGGUUGCAGCCUGUCAAAAUACAUGGAGAGAUUGGAGGACAUUAAGAAGAAUUACAGGUAUAAGAAGGGCGAGCUCUUCAAAAGGCUGAAGGUGACGACGUUUGCGCAACUGGUUAUCCAGGUUGCGUCGGUAUCUGAUCUGAAUGACAUCAUGACAGAUGGAGACACCUCCCGGCUAGAGGGCAGUGUCUCUGCUCUCUCUGAGGGGGAUGUGGAUGUUCUGUCAGAACGUUCGGGGGGCUCUCCCCAGGCUCCUGACCAGCUGGGCAACGGUAACAGGGAUUCUGCAGACAUCGGCAUCUCUCCACGGUCUACACUGCAAAGCGUGAUCAGCGGUGUGGGGGAGCUGGACCUGGAGAAGAACGGGCAGCGGAGCGGGACCGUGUCCCCGGAGUCCAGCCCCCGCUCCGGGGAGCUGCCCUACCCAGACUGCCCCUACCUGCUGCUGGACGUCCGGGACCGCGACGACUACGACCUGUGCCAUGUCAUCAGCGCGUACUGUUACCCGAUCACCACGCUCUCCCGCACAAUGAACCCAUACACCAAGGAAGUGCUGGAAUACAAAAACGCGGCGGGGAAGAUCAUCAUCGUGUACGACGAGGACGAGAGGCUGGCCAGCCAGGCCGCCACCACCAUGUGCGAGCGCGGGUUCGAGAACCUGUUCAUGCUGUCCGGAGGGUUGAAGGUGGUGGCUCAGAAGUUUCAAGGCCUGACGACGGGCUCCUUCCCGGCGCACUGCCUGCCGUCUCCCUCGGCGACGGGGGGCCGCAAGAGGCCCGUGGCCCCCCAGGCACCCCGCCCCGCGGAGAGGAAGUGGCGCUUCACCCUGGAGGACCUGGACCGGAUCCAGCUGCACAUGGAGGAGGUGCUCGUCCCCAGUGGCACCCAGCACAGGUUGUCUGUGGGCAGCGCUCCGUCGAGCGCACGGAGUCGUCUCUCCCUCUCCUCCGCCGGGUCGGACAGCGCCCGGUCCCAGAGCAGCCGGCCCUGGAAAUAAGCCCCGCCCCCACAGCCCCAGCCUCCACGCCCCAUUCGCUCUCACCCCGACUAUACCGCCGUCUCCCCGGCAACCGCUGAGUCAGUCACGUAGAGCCGCGUCCCACCCUGCUGCUUUUAGACUGGUAGGACUCGGCAAGUCUCUCCCCCUCUGUGAGGAACGGCCCUGUGGCACCAGACCUGGGUCACAUACGCAUACAUACGUUUUCCGGAUUCAAAUACUUCUCCGUGCCCCAUUCAUUUUCCUGGCGCAGUUCACCCAGCCUAGGGGACCAGAAGGCGGGGUCUGUACUUUUUUUGAGAGUGUUUCAUAGGUUCCAAUGCACCAGGCAAGCGUGAGAAAGUCAGGUGUUGAAAAAUGUUUCAAUCCAAAACGAUGACGUAUUUGACCCAGGUUUGAUUUGCACACAGGA